AUGAACGCGACCGUGAGCACAUCCCCGAGCACGUCCGACCCCCGACGCCUCGCAACCCUCCCCGACAUCCUCGCCCGCCUCUCUGCCAUCCAGUCCGAUGAAUCCGAGCUCUCUGCGGCCCUCGCGGGUCUCCUCUCCGCCCACGAACCCAUAGCGGCCUCCCUGAACAGCCUCAAGUCUCUUGCGCCCCCACUCGAUGCCCUAGUCGCGGACACCCGCCUGUUCGACCAAACCGUCUCGUUUACUGCCCGCACUGCUCAGGAUGUCGGGGGGCGCGUGCAGUCCCUGGAUGAGGAGAUGCGCAGGGUCCGGGAGGCCUCAGAGCGCGUCAGCCAGAUCAUCGAACUCAAGUCCUCUCUAGCAGCGCUACAAAGCUCUAUUGACCAGCAGGACUGGGAAGCCGCUACCCGUCACUGCGCGAGGGCAAUGGCCCUCCCGCUCGACGUCAUCUCCGGCCCGUUCGCAGAGACCGCCGUCCCCACACCAGAGAGCCAUCUUCCCCCCGCACAGACACUCCAAGCUGCGCGCGAACAACUCCUCGCCGUCUUCCGGCGCGAAUUCGACAAGGCCUCCCGCGCGCGCGACGCGAAUGCGACAAGCCGCUUCUUCAAGCUCUUUCCCGCCAUCGGAUGGGAAGCCGAGGGGCUGCAGGCGUACGCAUCCUUCGUCGUCGAGCUCGUCAAAGUGCGCCCGCCCGCGUCCGCGAAGACGUCCUCGCCGCUGUACUACAUCACCGCGCUAACCGCGCUGUUUGAGAGCAUCGCGCUCAUUGUGGACCAGCACCAGCCGGUGGUCGAGAAGUAUUAUGGCGUGGGGAAGAUGGGCCUCGUCCUCGAACGGCUGCUGCAAGAGGCAGACCGCGUCGUGAAGGACCUCGUCGAGGGUUGGGAAGAGGAGCGAUCGAUGAAGCGCAAGCUCUCUGACAUCUCAUCCACACCUCUGUCGGCGGGUAUCCGGCCAAACACUGCAAUCGACCUUGUAGAUGAGGACUUGGUCGACGCCCGCGAAAUUGACAAAGUACUCACAGAAGCUGCCAGCAUGAGCGGGCGAUGGGGCUUGUUCCGCAAGUUCAUGCAUGACCGACUAACGGAAGACAUCGAGGAUGACGAGGACGACGGGGACGAGGACACGACUCAUGCGCGGACGAAUCUUACAAACCCCUCACGUCCCCCUUCAAAUAGCGGCGGUGAAGACACCAUACCUGCCGGCUUCCAAGUGGUCGAGGACUCACAGGCCUGCAAGACCAUCGAAAACAUGCUCACCACAUACUACACUCCCCUGGAAGUAUGGUACACGCGCUGCGCGAUCGAAAAGGCGCACCGAUUAUCCACACACGACCUGUCCCAAACACCAAUCACCACCACGACCCCCGACGACGCCUUCUACAUCCUCAAGUCCGUCCUCUCGCGCAUGCUCUCGACCGCGUCCGCCGCCACGGUCGAGCGCACGUCCAACCAGCUCCGCGACGUCAUGGACAAGGACUACUCCCGAGUGAUCAAGCAAAAGCUCGACAACGUCUACAAAGGCGGCUCCGCCGGGCCCGGCGCGCGCGGGGAGAAGGCCGAGCGCGAAAACCGCCAGUCCUUCAUCAUCCUGCUGAACGACCUGGACGUGUCGUCCUCGCACAUGGAGCGGCUUGCGAAGGACCUGGCCCAAUCCGCGCAUAUCCCGCAGCACUUCCUCGACUCCGAGGUCGACGCCGUGCGCGCCAGCCUGAACGGCUUCGUGAACCUCGUCCCCAAGUUCCGCUCCACGCUCCGGGCGGGCGUGGAGCAGCUCUUCAACCAGCUGCUGCGCCCAAAGCUGCGGACGUUCAUCCCAGACGUGUACAAGGACGUGUCGUACGUCUUGGACGAGGAUGGCUACUCUGGGGCGGAGCUGCAGGACCUCGUCCGCAAGCGCUUCGUCAAGGCCUGGGAGGGGCUGAUCGAGGGGUACAAGGACGCAUUUACGGAGAGCAAUUACCGCUUGUUCUUCGGCCUUGCGCUGGACGUCCUGGUGCGCCCAUGGGAGAAGUUUGUAGUCGGCCUCAAGUACAGCGAGCUCGGCGCGAUCCGAUUCGACCACGACCUCCGAGCGGUGGUUGCCUACCUCUCGUCGCAGACCGUCUUCGGCGACGUGCGCGAGAAGUUCGUCCGCCUGCAGCAGAUCGGCACUCUGCUCAACCUGGACUCGGAGGAAGACGUGGACGAGUUCUACAACGGAUCGGGGAUCGCGUGGCAGCUCAGCCAGCAGGAGGCCCGCGCCGUGGCGAACCUGCGGGUAUAGGAUAUACUAGAUAGUCGGUCCCGAGCCGUAUACAAUCCGUCUGCUACUCUACAUACCAUCAAUAUACAUCGAUACCUUCAGUUAUUGCGUGAACACGCCAUAGUCCUCUACCCUCGCCUGAGCGCGUCAAGCCGUGCUUGCAGGGCAUCCUCGUCUGAAACGUCCGGCGCCGCGGUGUCGCUCUUCCCACCACCACCAGAGGAGGGGGCGCCGCCGACAGGACCGCCGAGCGCAACCGCUUGCCUGGGCUCCGUGAGUGGAGACGAGACUGCGAUGCCAUUCGGCGCAUCGGAAAGCUGCUGGGAGAGGUCGACACCGAUCUCGUCGAGCACCUGCUUGAGGAUCUUGUCACCCUCCUCUUCCUCAUCCUCAAGAUCGUCCUCCAUGACGUCGUCCACCGCCUCAGACAUCAUCUCCUCCUUCAUGUCCAUCGUCGCGCUCUCGCGCUCGAACUCGUUCAUAAUCCGCUGGAUCUGCGGCAAAUUCAAGCCCCGGUUCAUCGCGCCCAUAGCGCGGGUCGCGCCGCGCAUCGCGUCCGCCAUCUGCUGGUUGCUGCGCAGGGUCUGUAUGCGGAGCCCGACCGCCUGCAGCUGCGUACGCAUCUGGUAGAACUUCUGCACGUAGCGGCGGGUGCGCACGAGGUCCUUCGCCAUCACCUUGCACGCGUUCAUCUGGCCGGCCUUUGCGCUCUUCUUGAUGUCCAUGAUGAGCUUCUUCUCCUGCUGCUCGAGCUUGGUGCGCUCGCGGUCGAGCUCGCGCUGCGCCUUGGCAAGCGAGCGUUGGUGCUGCCGCAGCCGCUCCGCGGGGGUCACGCUGCGCCCGAAGAGCGUUUCGAUGAUGUUCAUGGGUGGUGGCGGUCAAG